AGUGUUACUACGGUGAUGCAUAGACGCUUGCCUUAAAUCCUCUUAUCGGGCUUCUAGCGAGUGUCGUUGUGUGAAUUUGUCUCGGUUACACACCUAAACGUGUCAGCUUUGUUUUGCGGCGUGUUUCCGGACCGAUCAUGGCUGGGGUGUUAGAUGCACUUUGGGAGGACAGAGAUGUCCGCUUUGACAUCACACCACAACAGAUGAAAACCAGGCCUGGUGAGGUGCUGAUUGACUGCCUGGAUUCAAUCGAAGACACUAAAGGAAAUAAUGGUGAUAGAGGAAGACUCCUGGUAACCAAUUUGAGAAUCAUUUGGCAUUCUGUCGCCUUGCCGAGGGUUAACUUAUCUGUGGGAUACAAUUCUGUCAUAAACAUCACUACGAGAACAGCGAAUUCAAAACUGAGGGGGCAGACAGAAGCUCUCUACAUCCUGACUAAAUCGAACAACACAAGAUUUGAGUUUAUCUUCACUAAUGUCAUUCCUGGAAGUCCAAGACUGUUCACUUCUGUCAUUGCUGUACACAGAGCUUAUGAGACCUCCAAAAUGUACCGGGAUCUCAAAUUAAGAGCGGCUUUGAUUCAGAAUAAACAGCUGAGACUUUUGCCUCGUGAACAAGUCUAUGACAAAAUCAAUGGAGUUUGGAAUUUAUCCAGUGAUCAGGGUAACCUGGGCACUUUCUUUAUUACUAAUGUGAGGAUAGUGUGGCACGCCAACAUGAAUGAAAGCUUCAACGUCAGCAUUCCUUACUUGCAAAUUCGCUCAAUAAGGAUUCGAGACUCCAAGUUUGGACUCGCGCUUGUGAUCGAGAGCUCUCAGCAGACAGGUGGAUAUGUACUGGGUUUUAAGAUCGAUCCACUGGACAAGUUACAGGAUGCAGUGAAAGAAAUAAAUUCUCUUCACAAAGUCUAUUCUGCAAACCCAAUCUUUGGUGUGGAAUACGAGAUGGAGGAAAAGCCACAGCCGUUGGAGGAGCUCACAGUGGAGCAGCCUCCUGAUGAUGUAGAGAUCGAGGCAGAUGAACAGACAGAUGCUUUUACAGCGUACUUUGCUGAUAGCAACAAGCAACAAGACCGGGAGCCAGUGUUUUCUGAAGAACUUGGUUUGGCGGUGGAGAAGCUGAAAGAUGGCUUCACGCUUCAAGGACUUUGGGAAGUCAUGGGUUGAAAAGACAGUCAGGAUCCAUCUAUCUAAGACUAAAUGAGAGUUUUAUGGCUUGAAUUCUAAUUGCUGUAGUGAUUACAGACAUUUGUAUAUAGUAUUUAUUUAUUUCUAAGUUUAAUUUUGUAUGUUAUUUAUAUACAGGUACAUCUCAAUAAAUUAGAUCAUUAAAAA